AUGGAUCGCUCAGACGAGUUCAUGCGCUUAUGCAGGAAGCUCGACAAAGGCGUGGCCCUCACGCGCAGGGAAAACAAGUGCAAGGACGAGUUUCUUAUCCAGAGCAGCAAAAUAUACACAAACCUCCUUGCCAACUGUGACUACAUAGAUACCGACACGUUAAAGCAGUACAACCUCACAGUCCCUCGAAGCAUACACGUGAAGGAGAAAAAGACGAGAGUCAAAAGUAAAGACAAUUUACUCUACGCUGUGAACAAGCUGUCAGAAGACAUUAACCUUUUAAAACCAAAGGCGGAGACAGAAACACAUAAGCAGGUCAUGUCCUGCCUGAACAGCCUCCUUGGAAUCUUCAUUGACAUUAUUAACAAAUAUGAACACAACUUAAGUAGCUACCACUUGAAGUUAAAUCGGUACACGAAUUUCUGCUUCUACGACGUGAAGGGCGUCAAGUGCAAUUUUGAUUACCUUAACAGAUUGAACCGUUACAUAUACGGCACCAAUUCGUGUGACAACCAUUUUAGGAAGCCAGAUGCACUUCCAGCCACACGUUUAGGCAUACCACACGGAGGAGGCACCUUCAACCAAACAGCGCACACGAGCUAUCACCCCUUCGGUAGCUCCAUCAAGAGCAACAACAAUGGGGAGUACCCAAAUGGAGACAAUCACCUCGGCCAUCACGAAGAAAGGGAGAAAUGUGAAAAUGACCUUUUGGAUGAAGGGGCAAAGCAUCAGAUCAUGGGAAAGCAAAACUCCCUGAAAGACGCAACUGCGAGAAAUCGAGGGGAAAAGAGAGUCAAGUUCAAUACGUACAACUAUGUUGAGGAGGAAGAGGCGGAAAGGGCGAAGGGGGAAUUCCUCCCCCCCCCGAGCAGCAGUCAUAAUUACCUCCUAAGCAGCGAUCAACAAUUGGAAUUCAAAAAAUACGUGGACCUCUUUGAGAAGGAAGAAAACACCUACAUCAUGGAAACGAAAAAUAAAAUCGCCAAAAUAAGCAAAUUAAUGAACAUAUUUGUUACAAAGAUAUAUGAGCAGAAUGAGAACUUGAACAUGAUAGAACACGUGGUGGAGGAGAGCAUACAGAACGUGGCUCAAGGGAAUACCUACCUGAGUAAAAUUCAAAACAAGAAAAGCAUGAACUCGCUCAUCUUCUUCGUCCUCGUGUGCACCUCCAUUUUUUUGCUCAUCUUUGAUAUGUUCCGAUAG